AUGAUUCUCCAUGAGCAAUCUCGAAACAGGGGGGAUACACGCCCCCCCUCUACGGAUCCCUUGACUCGAGAUAUGAUAUCUCCGCCGUUAUCCCAGGAGUCGGCUUUUGACUCGAACAUGAUUGCACCCCAGGUCUACUCGGGAUUAGAGUAUGUCUCGAACAAACUGCAGUCUAACACGCUGCACCUAACUCUCAUCCUCUCUCGUGGUAAACCACUGCCCAUUGGUCAAGGGUGCAAUCUCACUGUUUUCCCCGUCGGCACUCUCUCGGAUAAUGAACGCCAUAUUUUCAGCAAGUAUAUCCGGCGAGCCGCAAGGAAAUACCAUCUGCAGCCGAAAUGGAUGGCUCUCUCGUCAUCGAGCUCCGGCAUGGAUGCCAUGUUUAACCCUGAAUAUCUGAUCGACCGAUCACUGAAACAGAACGAUGUCCUGAUCAGCCUUGAGGGCCUUACGAUUCUGAACAUUGACCGCACGUACACUCUUAAGCAGUAUCUCAACGCCCUCUCCACCCCCUGGGUGACGCCGAACACGAUGAUCGACCGUAUCCCCAGCCGCAUUUAUACUGAUGCCUGUCUCUACCUCCUUCGGCAGUCUGUUCAGAGCACCGGUGGUCGACCGUUCACCAAGUCGUUUUUUUACCACGCUUAUAACCACUUGCAUUUUGAGGACCAGCUCAUCGUCGAUAUAGCCAACGAAUAUUUCGCUCGCUAUAAACAGGUGGCCAUUGUUUUGCCAAAGCCUCCGCCUCCUGAACCUAUCCCCGAGCCCGAGCUUAAGCCCAAAGUGGAACUGAAGCCGGAUAUCAAACCAGAUGUGGUAGUAUCAAAGCCCAAGGAAGACAAAGUGGAGAAGCAAAUAGUUAAAAAGAAGGAAAUUGCUGCUUCAUCCCUGGCUACGAGAAGAGUUAGUUUUGCAAAGGCACUCUCCCCGCUUAGAGCAAGGACACCCCAUAGUGCUUCUGACGUGACGCCAAUUACUCGGACUGAAUGGAAUAUCCUCGUUAGCGAUUCGACUGUCGGCAGGAAGAAACCAGUCCAGUUAACCGUUCCUCGAGACGCGGGGUGUGUUACUGAUAUAGAGGAAGAUGGAGUCAUCUAUGACUUCAACUGGGAGGAUAUUGAAGAGUGA